AUGGAUUUCAAAGAUUUAAACGCUUAGGCUACCUUCACAAAUAAGGAAUUAGAAGAAAGAAGAAAGUAUUUCGAAGACUUGAUUAAGAGAAGAUACUUUUUUAACCAAGGUUUUGAAAUUUACGGUGGUGUUGCUGGUCUCUACGACUAUGGUCCACCUGGUUGCGCCAUCAAGAAUAACUUGUUGAAGUUAUGGAGAGAACACUUCAUUUUGGAAGAAGAUAUGCUCGAAAUAUCAUCAACUUGUAUUACCCCUUAUCCCGUUUUCAAGGCUUCUGGUCAUGUUGAUAGAUUCACUGAUUUGAUGGUUAAGGAUGUUAAGAAUGGUGCUGGCCACAGAGCUGACAAAUUGAUUGAAGCUUUCAUUGAAGCUAAACUCUCCAAGAAGAAACUUAAACCUGAAGAAGUCAAGGAAUUGGAAGAAAUUAAGCAAAAGGUUGAAACUUUUUCAGCUCAACAAAUGCAUGAUGUCAUCCAAAAGUUAGGUAUAAAAUCUCCUGAUACUGGUAAUGAACUUGGUUUCCCUGAACCUUUCAAUCUCAUGUUUGGUACUCCUAUUGGUCCUUCUGGUUAAUUGCCAGGUUUUUUACGUCCUGAAACCGCUUAAGGUAUGUUCGUUAACUUCAAUAGAUUAAAUGAAUUCAACGGUGGUAGAAUUCCUUUCGCUGCUGCCCAAAUCGGUUUGGGUUUCCGUAACGAAAUCGCUCCUAGAAAUGGUCUUUACAGAGUUAGAGAAUUCGAUAUGGCUGAAAUUGAACAUUUCUUUGAUCCUAAGAGACCCGAACAUCCUAAGUUCAAGUAUGUCAAGGAUUUGAAGUUACCUCUUUUGACUGCUAAGAGCUAAGAACACGGUGAUGGUUCUGUUACUCAAAUGACCUUAGAAGAAGCUGUUAAGUCUGGUACUGUUUCUAAUGAAACACACGCUUAUUUCAUUGGAAGAACUUUCCUUUUCUUAGUCGAGGCUGGUGUUAAUCAAAAUAAUAUUAGAUUUAGACAACACAUGUCUAAUGAAAUGGCUCACUACGCUUGUGACUGUUGGGAUGCUGAAAUCGAAUUCUCUCACGGUUUCAAGGAAUGUGUUGGUUUGGCUAACAGAUCUGCUUUCGAUUUAGAAAGUCACACCAAGGGUUCUGGUGUCAAGCUCUUAGCCGCCAGACGUUUACCUGAACCAAGAAAGGUUACCAUUAUUGAUAUUACUUUAGACAAGAAGGAAAUCUUCAAGGCUUUGAAGGGUGAUGGUAAUGAACUCACAAAACUUAUUGAAGGUUACAGUGAUGAACAAAAGGCAGAACUCAUGAAGAAGUUCGAAACUGCUGAUUCAGUUGAAUUCGACAUCAAGGUUAAAGAAGUUGAAAAGAAGGUUCAACUCCCCAAGGCUUUGAUUUCAUUCAAGGUUUCUGAAUAAAUGCAAUAAGAAGAAAAGUUCGUUCCUUACGUCAUCGAACCUUCCUUCGGUGUUGGUCGUAUCUUCUCUGCCAUUUUGGAACAUAGUUUCAGAAUGAGAGAUGAAAAGAGAACUUUCUUCCACUUACCUCCUAAGAUUUCCCCAAUUAAAUGCUCUAUCCUCCCAGUUAUUUCUCAUGAAAAGUACAAUGAUGCCAUUCACAAACUCAAGGUUGGAUUGACUAAGGUUGGUGUUAGCUCUAAGGUUGACGAUACUGGUCAUGCCAUUGGUAGAAGAUAUGCAAGAACCGACGAAUUAGGUAUUCCCUUCGGUAUUACUAUUGAUAAUGAUACUCUUGUUGAUGAUUCAGUUACUCUCAGAGAAAUUCUUACCACUAAAUAAAUCAGAAUUCCCAUUAACGAUGUAUUCAGAGUUGUCAGUGAUUUGGCUGAUGGUCUCAUUACUUGGGAUAGCGUCUUAGCCAAAUACCCCUUAUUCAAGCCUAAUGCUUCUGAAGAAAAUUGA